AUGUGGAGUCAGUUAAGAGUUGGGGCACACCAGUCGCCGGAGUCGCAAUGGCGUUAUAAAUUAAGCGGUUAUGCUCAGGCGCAGCUCAGACUGACACAAAUAAUGGCUAGCCACAGAGCUCUGAUGAUCUGCUGCUCGCUGAGCGCCUUCCUGUGCUCCAGCCUGGUGGCCUCUGCGCCAGCGGACGUGAACUGCACGAGGCGGCAGGACUUCAAUGCUGUCAGGGGCUGCUGCAGCAUUCCCACCUUCCACUUUGAGGCCUUUGGCAAGCAGUGCGGCAGAUACAUGCCCGACGGUGGACCCCGCGUGUCGCCCUGCCUCUACGACUGCAUCUUCAAUGCAACCAAAAUUCUGAACGGAUCGGAGUUGGAUGUGGCAAAUGCACGCAGCAUGCUGCAGCGGCUGCUGGGCAACAAUCAGGACUUUCUGGACGUCUACUUGGAUGGCAUGCUGCAGUGUCCUGGUGCCGUGGAGGCAAUGAUGCGUGCCAGAAGGCCGCGUCCGGUGGCCGGUGUGGAGCAGUGCUCCCCGGUGCCCCUCUACUAUGGCAUCUGCACCACCAGAUAUGUGUUCAACUAUUGUCCUUCGUCCAGCUGGUCGUACACGGAGCUGUGCGAGACGGCUCGCCUGCAGGAUCUCAAUUGCCCAACCAUGCGUGCAUCGCGUGGUGCCAGACCCAUUUGA